GCGCUCUUGAUGUCAAGCGAACGCACGUGCAAGCAGGGCAAAAAUAAAUUCCAACAGGAGGCCGUGCAGAAUCCCAUAUUUCACUCGCAACCGACGCUCGCAUUCUCUCCUUUUUCCGCAGUUUCUUUGAAGCGUUUUGUCAAAUGUCAGUUACAUUGCAUACGAAUCUCGGAGACAUCAAGUGCGAAAUCGCAUGCGACGAGGUCCCCAAGACGGCCGAGAAUUUCUUGGCUCUAUGCGCUAGUGGUUAUUAUGAUGGCACUAUAUUUCAUCGGAAUAUCAAAGGUUUUAUGAUCCAAGGUGGGGAUCCCACAGGCACAGGUAAAGGCGGGACCAGCAUUUGGGGGAAAAAGUUCAAUGAUGAGAUACGAGAGUCACUCAAGCACAAUGCAAGGGGGAUACUUUCAAUGGCAAAUAGUGGGCCAAACACAAAUGGGAGCCAGUUCUUCAUCAGUUUUGCGAAGCAACCGCAUCUGAAUGGAUUGUACACUAUAUUUGGAAGAGUGAUUCAUGGGUUUGAAGUUCUCGAUCUCAUGGAAAAGACCCCAACAGGACACGCAGAUCGACCGCUUGCAGAGAUCAGGCUGAAUCGUGUAACCAUCCAUGCAAAUCCUCUUGCUGGCUAACUUCUUUGCCAAUAUUGUGGAACAUGGCAUACCCAAAAAAAUCUUCUCAUCAACAACUUGGUUUUGGACACUGAACAAAGGUUAUGGGCAUCUGCAUAGAUGCAUGCCAUGCUGGUGGAGGAUUCAUUCACAUAAUGAGGCAGGGGAUGAAACAUUAAGAUGCCAAAUUCAGCAUGGAAUAAGCUGUUUUGUUUCACAUGGAUGUAGUGUUCGAAGUAUCGCUGCAAGUUUUGCUGGCUGGGGAUGCAGAAACAAUAUCAAUUUCUCUGAUAAUAUUGCAGAUAACCAGAAAUGCGGAGAAACAUGUGGACAAUGGUAGAUUUUUUUAGUGAAACUUCAGGAGAUGCUAAAAUACACAUAUUUGUAUAUUUA